AAUAUGACGACACUGGAACGAACUCUUGUGCGGAAGGCUGUGGAUAAAAUGUACUAUACAGCGUUUACUAUGUCUUAAAACUCUAUAGGCCUACAAUAAAUAAUUUACAUGUAACUAACGUAUCUUAAAAAAUGAACAGUCGAAAUUGCAAAUAACUGCACACUUUGUGGAAUCACGACCAGAACAUUGAAGAUGACUCUGCAGUGGACAGUAGUAGCAACCUUCCUAUACAUUGAAAUAGGUGUUCUUCUGAUUCUAUGUUUGCCAUUCAUAUCUGCACAGAGAUGGCAGAAGAUUUUCAAAUUUAGAAUAUGGGGUCGAGUUGCCCCCUAUUGGAACAAAGGCUUCCUCACAAUGAUUGUUGUUCUGAUUGUGCUCUUUCUCGAUGCUGUUCGAGAAGUGAAAAAGUACUCUGGUACAGACGCCAACAAAGAUGCCAAGCUUCACCCAAAUAUGUUUGAUCACCUCCACAUGAAGCUAUUCAGGUCUCAGAGGAACCUUUACAUUUCAGGAUUCUCCCUUUUCCUAUGGCUCACCCUAAGACGUGUAGUGACCCUCAUUACACAACUUGCCACUGCACAGGGAAUAAGUGACGCCUUACAGACUCAGGCAGAAAAUACAAAUGCGGCUGCUAAGAAAUACAUGGAAGACAAUGAACGAUUAAAAUCGGCUUUAAAGAAAGGAAAAGGAAAUGAAGGUGAAAACAUUGUGGAGGAUGAAAGCAACAAGCUGAAGGAGGAAAUUGAAAAGCUGAAAGAUGAACUGAAGAAAACAUCUGAAGCUCUGACAAAGUCAAAGAAUGAAGUGGAGGCAGUGAAAAAGCAAUCGGAUGGCUUGUCUAGAGAAUACGAUCGACUCCUGCAGGAACAUGAAAAGAUUCAGAAUCUUGCUGAAGCAAAGAAUGACAAGAAGGACCACUAGAGCCUGAAGAUUUGACUUUAUAUGGAUGUUUAACUUGUUACAUAUUUGUUUGCUUUACAUUUUGACACAAAAUUGGACAAAACACAAGCCAAAUAGCUAAAGGGUGAUUUCUGCUUUUGCUUUUUAUAUACAUUGCUGUGGUUUACGCAGUGCUAGAGUGUGCAUAAAAGUUUUCAAGGUUUAAAUGGAGAGCACAAGCGUAAAAUUAUAUUGAAAAUGGAGAUUGUGCUGACUUUGUAAGGAAACUUCAAAUUGGAAUUUUAUUUAUUGGACAAUACGUGAAGUUUGUUUAACAGUACAUUUGUGCUCUUCAGAUAUUAGGAACCACAUUAGAUGUUUUUUUUUUUUUAAAUGUAUUGUUUGCAGUGGAUUUUCUUUUUUUUUUUUGUUUUACCUUCAUUUUUAAAAAAUAUGUUGGUACGCCACUUAAUUGUAAAGAACACAGCUUUGCUUUUUGUUAUGGUUUACUACACUGUUAAGAUAAAGUUAAUUAUGUUUAAAAUACACUGUGAAUUAGUUGGAAUGUAGUUUAAAAAGUAAACAUUUCUGAAAGGUCUGAUUUAAUGACCUCCAAACAGCUCGUGUUCAGCCCAACUGUCUUUCCGAUUUACUUAAUUUAAGAUUAAUAAUAAAAUAAUAAGAUUGAUACACCAACUAUAAUAUUAUUAAAUGUUUGUAAUACAUACUCAUAUUGUUUGAGGUGCGCGUAUCUUCUAGUCCAGCAAAACCCACCAUUAUUCUCUUUUCACUCAUGGUCAACAAAAAACAGGCUCCCCGAUGGCCCAGAAGAAUCUGGUUUUGAACCCUCUGCCAGCUACUGCAAGGCCAGCCCUGGAAGAUUCCACUACACCUGGAUCUCCUCAGACAGACGAGAGGGACUCUCGGGCACCCAGAACCAGACAGACUCCAAUUCUGUUCGCUUUAGGGCUCUCAGACGCGGUCGUAGUUACACUGCAAAAUGCAAGGGCCUCCUCCACAAGGUCGUAUGCCUACAAAUGGAGGUAUUUUCAAGAUCGGUGUCUGACCAAGGGUCAUGACCCUAUCUCAUGCCCUAUAGCAACUAUUAUGGAAGUGAGUAAAUCCCUCUGUACGCUGGAAGUGUACCUGGCAGCCAUAUCUGCAUGCCAUGUCUCAGUUGACUCGGUGUGUCCCCAGGUGCCCAUUUCCUGAUGACCCAUUUUCUUAAGGGCGCUCAGCGGUUAUGUCCACCUAGAACGGACAUCCUCCCUGAGUGGAGUCUAGACGAUGUACUGGAGGCUGUCACUAAGGCCCUGUCUGAGCCUAUACCUCUCUAUGAAGAGCGCCUUUUUGUUAGCCAUCACCUCCGCCAAGUGGGUCACUGAGCUACAGGCUCUGUCUGUGCACAGCUCCUGUAUGCGCGUCUGGGACUACGGAAACGGUAUUGUUACGUACAAACCCCACAUUCCUCGCUAAGGUGAUUACGGCUUUUCACUUGAAUAAGUCAGUGGAGCUAGAGGCUUUCCAUCCCCUCCUUUUUCUUCGGAGGAGGAUCAAAGACUAAUCUCCCUCUGCCCGGUUAGGGCAUUAAGAUGUUAUGUUGACAGGACCCUCAGCUGGGCUACCCCGCAUGCUUUCACCAAGUUCUACUGACGUAAUGUGGUAGAUCCCUCUAUGCCUUCAUUAGGCACAAGGGUCCUUGAGGUUGCACACUCGCACUGCUAACCAUGGUUUUGCAGUCUUGAGACGUCCCUCGUCUCCACUCACACUCCCUCGUGACGGCUUUGGUAUACUUUUCCCAAAAGUAUUGUUGAUGGUCGUCUUCGAAUUGAAAGGGAACAUUAUGUUACGGAUAUAACCCUGGUUCCCUGAAAGAGAAGACAACCACCAACCUGCGAGGUCGCAUCGGUUGCCUUCACAGGUUCGAUGCAAAAGAGGAAGUGAGCUCCGUGGAGGGGUCUAUCGGCAGCUCUGACAUAAAAUGCUCAGUGAAUACCUGACCUGUGGCAGGCAUAUCCCCAGGAACCAGGGUUACAUCCGUAUCCUAAAGUUUAGGUGCCUUGACCACUCAGGCGGUUUGCUAUAAUACAGCCCGGAAAAAGUCUGCAGAAUCAUCACAGCGUGUUGCAUAUUACACAAUAUCGCUAUCACACUGUGACAGAGAUCAAAUGGUGCUUGGUGUUAGAUCUCCCUCUCGACCUGUGAGGACACUGUGUAACGGGAACAGAGUACCCUUAACUAAAUGGCACGACAAUUUAUUCCGUAGGGUAGGUGGAAGUUGGUCAUUUAGGAAAGGGGCACAGCUACGGUAUCCAAACUCAAUGACCCAGACGGUAAACGGUGUGACAUCUGAGGUUUGGCGGAGUGGAUGCGCUCGCUAACCGAGGGGUCAUGAGCGAGGAUAUAAAUAGGGGUCAUAGUUGACGUGAUCUGUUCCUUGGUAAAUGGUUAGUGUUGAAAACCUACAAUGAGUCUGUGUGCUGUAUUGUGAACCGUGAGUUUUGUCUUGUGUUUGUUAGUGUUGUUAACUGUCGUCUGUUUUUAAUAGACUACCAGUUGCAUGAUCCGGAGCCAGCAUAAACCCUGACAUCACUUUCACCCCUGCAUUUCACAGAAAACUGUAUUACACCACUUGCACGUAUUCACUAUCACUGAGAACUGUGUUUGUUUUGUGUUUAGUGUUGGUGUGUAAAACUGGACUUUUGGUUACGGGUCAAACCCGGGGAUUUACAAAUACACAGUGAUACAUGCCGCUGUAUCACUCCAACGUUAUUAUUUACAGGUGUUUGCCAUAAGGCUCUGGACAUUGUUAAUUAAAUCAAUAAACACCCUUGCACCUUGAAA